UUUACAAAUUCCACCCUGACUUCGUCUUCAUCUUCUUCUCCUCUAUAUAAACAUAACCCCAACACCAAACCAAUUCAAUUCAAUCAUAUUCUCUCUCCAUUUCACUUCAUCAUCUGCUCAGUUUCUUUGUUCCUGUUGCUGAUUGAACAAGUUGUAUUAUAAGUUAAUCUUGAUGGAGCAUUUGUUGGGAUUGCUUAGAGUUCAUAUCCACAGAGGUGUAAACCUUGCUGUUCGUGAUGUUACUACCAGUGAUCCUUACGUUAUUAUCCGUAUGGGCAAACAGAAAUUGAAAACUCGAGUGGUAAAGAAGAAUAUCAAUCCUGUGUGGGAUGAAGAUUUGACCCUCUCCGUCGCAGAGCCUCUCCCAGUCAAACUUGAGGUUUAUGAUAGGGAUACAUUUAGUAUGGAUGACAAGAUGGGGGAUGCUGUGUUUGACAUCCAGCCAUUCCUGGAAGCUGUUAGGAUGCGUUUAGGGAAUCUACCAAACGACACGAUCAUAACUACAGUGAAACCGACGAGGACUAACUGUUUGGCGGAAGAAAGCCACGUGACAUGGACUGAUGGAAAAGUUGUCCAACAUAUGGUUCUUAGGUUGCAAAAUGUCGAGUGUGGGGAGGUUGAGAUUAAACUAUCGUGGAUCGAUAUUCCAGGCUCCAGAGGUCUGUAGAUUAUUAGUUUAUUUUUAGUACUUGUAAACAAGUUUAUCUUGCAUAUUUAUUAAACCGAACUAGCUUUUAUCAUCUCUCUCGGAAUUGGAAAGUUUGGUUUUUGAUUUUGUUGGCAAUGUUGUUUGUGUAAAAGAAAAUGUGACAUGUCCUAACUUU